UGCAGAGUCUGAAAGUGCUCAUUGAUAGAGUGUUAUCAGAUAGCUAGAGAGAUUGAAACACGUGUUGUCCUUGAUUUCUUCCAAAAGCACUGAAGACUACUAUUAUUUGUUCCUCGGAGUCCCAGACUCCACCUGAGUGAGGAGGUGGUGGACGUGGGGUGUCUGGUGGCAGAGAACCAGAUCCACACUACCUCCUUCUCCCUCUCCAACCUCGGGACUCGUGAGGGAGACUUCUUCAUCGACACCUCUCCUCUCCCUGGCUGGAUCUCCCUCCAGCCCACCACUGGCCACCUACUGCCUCUACAGUCCACUAGAAUACGGAUGGAGAUUUUGUGCAAGGAAGAAAUUAAAUUCUCCAAUGCUCUCAGAAUCUGUACUUCAGCUCCACCCACUGCUGUUGACACUCCAGCUGCUAAUACUGGUGGUGAGGGUGAGGAGGCAGCUCCCUCUCUCCUCCUGACAGUGUGUGGGAGACUGGAGUCCAGAGCUCUCAGAGUCCUGGACCCUCUCUCCCUCUCCUCCCUCUCCUCCCUCUCCUUCCCACCCACCUACUAUGACACAACUACCUCCAGACAAGUUGUUCUGUUCAAUGAGAGUCCAGUGUCCACUGACUACCUGUGUCUCCUGGACAAGAGAGCCCGAGGGAGUGAGGUGGGCGGGGCAGAGGGUGUGGCCAUGGCCCUCACGGAGGGAGGUCCCGGCCAGGAGAGGUGGAGGGAACAGGGCUCCACUCCUCCUCACGAGUCUAUCAUAUCUGUCCUUCCUUCUCAGGUACUCUGUUGCCUUAUGAGAAGAGGAUAUUGGAGCUGACCAUUGGCCCCAGGUUCAUUUCCUCCGACAGUGGGUGGAGCCACUUCCAGGCCACACCCACCAGACGUGACUACACACUCUACCUUCGCUUCCUUGCUGUUGACACCAACAGAGAGUCCACAGCCUCUGGAGGUGACCUUGAGGUGGCAGUGUGUGCAACUGCUCUACCAGUGGACGUACAGCUGGAGCCCAGCCCUCCACUACAGUUUGGAGCCACUCCCACCAUGUCCCCCACCACCCAGCAUGUCAAGGUCCACAACAAGUCAGACACACUUCCUCUCUACUUCACCACUCACCGUGUCCCUCACUACACUUGUCACCCUCCCUCCGGGCACAUCCCACCCUCACACACCCUCACCCUCUCCCUCACCUUCACUCCAAAGCAGCUCGGACCACUCAAUGCCAGACUACUCAUCGACAUUCUGACCUCAGACUCCAGAAGUGGUAAAGAAGGAGGAAUAGUGAAGACACUGGUGGUGGAUCUGAGAGGAGAGGGAGUGAGUCCAGGGCCUGGGGGGAGGGGAAGAGGGGACGAGAGUGGGAGUAACAUCAACUACGCCCAUCCUGAUGACAUGGCCACCAGCAUUAGACCUUACGAUGGAUAUCAAGUCGUCACUCCCUAUACGCGGACCCCCCGCUACACGUACGUGGACAGAGACUAUGCCUACAGUGAGGCAGAGAGACGCGAGAUCCAGUGGCACAGAGACCACUACCUUCACUACCUCAGACACUCUCAGGCUCUCCGACUGUGGAACAGGAGAGAAAGAGCUCUGGUAGCAGCAGCCUGUGGACCAGAGAGGGAGCUGGGGCUGCUUCCUCUGAAAGCUCCCUCCAACUCCCCCACUGUCUCCAGUGAUAGUUCUGCCAGGUGGAGGAAGAAGAGGAGAGGAAGAGGUGCUGGUAAACCUGGGAUCAUGACUACUGAUGAUGUCACCACUGCCACCUCCGUAGACCUGAGAGAGGUUGAGCAGUGUUCAACUACUGCUGAGAGUCAACAAGCGGCAAGUGAAGUCAAUGCUGCUCUUUCUCCAUAUCAGCUCUCUCUUAUCACAAUAUGCCCAGGAGUUCUGGACUAUGGUGUGAUUGCAGUCAGUUCAGUGGUGGAGAAGACUGUAACCAUAAAGAACAGCUUGAACCAACACAUCUGUUUCACUUUCAAGCUUGCUGGGUCAGGAGUGAAGAGUCCACUGUUCCCUUCCUCUUCCUCCUCCUCCUCCUCUUCCUCUCAUCUCGUCCUCCCUCCUCUGUCUUACACCAAUCUCCCCUUCACCAUUCAUCGUGACACAACUGGUCUCCUUGAAAGGUGUGUGGAAUGUCUUGUGAAUACCCGACAUGUGGUUCGACUGCCAGUCCGUGUGGAGACAGUACCCUCUCCCUCUCCCUCUCCACCAACACCCUCACCCUCUCACAACCUCCAGUUGCCCCUCCCUCUGCUGGUAACACUCUCAGUUCAUUAUGACACUCACGUUUGUAAUAGAGUGGUACAUGCGUCACACUCUACGUACGUAGGUAUACAAAAACCUCUUAAUGCUAGCAAUGUUAUGAAGUUGUGCAUCAUACCACGAGUGGCAAGAAUUUAUGCACAAUUUUAGCUGUGGCUUGGAUGCUUAAAAGUUUAGUUGCCACCGUGUGUAUGUGUAGCAUGGUGCUGCAUUACUUUGUGAGCUACACUGAUGUGCUCUGU